UACACGGUUACAGCAACAACAAUUGCGUAAUUGUCCGGCGGACACCGAGUGGGAAACGUCGAAGCGUAGCUAGCGAUAACCGAUGUCUCGCUUGCCGUUUUCCGUUUGCAGCUGCAAAUACUUAUUUUCAAAGAGUCUUGUCUGGGAAUCACCAUUGACGGGAUGGUUCCGGUUAGCCAGUGGUGUAGUAAAAGAUCGAGAACCUCUGAAGAAAGCUGUAACUCCCCAGGGGCGCUUUGACAAGGACGAGGCGUCAAACAAGGACGUUCUGGAAAGGUUUCCUGAAGAUGUCAAUCCUGUGACCAAGGAGAAGGGAGGUCCCAGAGGUCCAGAGCCCACUCGCUAUGGAGACUGGGAGAGGAAGGGUCGCUGUGUGGACUUCUAGUUCACUGUACCUUUGCACCUUUGUUUUUUUCUUCCUUCCCUCGGUGGGCAUAGGCUCUUGUGUUGAAUUGUCACUGUUGGCAAAGAAUCUUUCCUGUUUAUUUUGCUAGCUUCUGGAUUUACGACAGCAACUUGUCAUGCGUCAAGAGUCGGAUUAGACGGAUGUAACAGAGAAUUCAGUCAAGUACUAUAAGUUUCUUUUUGCUCUCAUUUGUCCAAUGUGGCCCGGUGAUUAAAGAGCACUGCUUCUGGGGGUUUCCAACACAACCCUUGCCCACUUUUUCAAAGACGCUGCUCACAGAAUCAUUCUUGAUGUAUAUAAUACGAUAAAUGGGCCAUGAAUUGAACUCAAAA